GAGAGUUUUGAAUCUUAAGCAACUCCUACUUUACUAGCUCUGGAGGGUAGAUAGAGAGAUAGAUCCAAGAGGAAAAGAAGGAGGGUUUCCCCACUUUGUGCUUGCUAGCUAGUUAAUAAAGCUUGCUUCUUUUUCCCUCCAUCUUCCUUCUACAUAAGUCCUGUUACAAGAAGAAGAAGAACAAGGUUGCUUUGCAAGAUCGAAGUGACAGUAAUAAUGGGUCGUGGGAAGAUAGAGAUAAAGAGGAUAGAGAACUUGAGCAACAGGCAGGUGACAUACUCCAAGAGAAGGAAUGGAAUCAUCAAGAAGGCCAAAGAGAUCACUGUGCUUUGUGAUGCUCAGGUCUCCCUCAUCAUCUUUGCCAGCUCUGGCAAGAUGCAUGACUACUGCAGCCCUUCCACCACGCUGCCUGAUAUACUGGAGAAGUAUCACAAGCAGUCUGGUAAGCGGCUCUGGGAUGCUAAACAUGAGAACCUGAGCAAUGAGAUUGAUAGGAUGAAGAAGGAGAAUGACAACAUGCAGAUUGAACUCAGGCACCUAAGAGGAGAAGACAUCACAUCACUGAACUACAAGGAGCUGAUGGUGCUGGAGCAAGGCCUUGAGAAUGGCCUCGCCGGAAUCCGUGACAAGGAGAUGGAAUACUACCGCCAGAAGAAGAAGGAAGAAAAGGAGCUGGAAGAAGACAACAAGCGCCUCAACUUCAUCAUGAUGCAGCAGCAGGAGGAAAUGGGGAAGAGGCAGCAAGAGAUGGCAAUGGAAGAUCACCAUCACCAGCAGCAGCAGCAGCAUCACCACCAUGUCAUGGAAACCAAUGGCGGCGGCGGUGGAUACCAUCCUCACCAUUCACAGCACAGAGCUGCUGCUGCUGCUGUCAACUACAACAAUGGCGGUGGUAACAACAGCAACAAUGUGAACUCCCAGAUGCCUUUCUCGUUUCGGGUUCAGCCGAUCCAGCCCAAUCUCCAUGAGAGGAUCUGAAUCUCGUCAUUACAGUUAACCCCAAGCUGGCUUUGCUUGCUGCCUGCUGGGGGUGGUAUUAAUAAGCUGCUAGCGUUGUAAUGUUUAUGUUACAUUUUGGGAUCCAUGCGUGUUUUUAAUUACUUAACUCCUAGCUAUGAUCAGGGCAAGCUUGAUUAACUACUGCGUCAUAUUUUAUAUGACCUAAAACUUGUGCUCUAGUUAUGUACGUUAUCCUUGUUAAUUAAAUUACUGGUCAUGAAUUAACCAUAUGUAUUGUUAUUCUCUGUUAAUUGGAUAGUUUGUUUGUGGUGUAUUGUGUGUCUAGCUAGCUAAUGAUCUGAGGGUGAUGCGUGGUGACCUACGAUUCUUGAAUUAAGAAGAAAGAAA